UAAGCCCAUCUCUCUCACUCCUCUCCACAAAAACCACUUCUCUCAAAGCUCUCUCUCUCUCUAUUUCCUUACUAUACCCUAUACCUUAACACGAAGCGUAGCCAAGUAAACAAUGGAAGCUCCAGAAUUCUUUCAGGGAAGCUAUUGCUCGCAAUUCACGCAAGAAAAGCACCUGCAUUCUCUUGAUUCUAAGAGCAAUGGCGGUGAACACUUCAUUGUGGAGGACCUUUUGGACUUUUCCAAUGAUGAUGAUGCCGUUGCACCUGACGGAACCACUCCUCCAUUUGAAACCGUCACUGGCAACUCAACCGACUCCUCCACUAUCACCGUCGUUGAUACCUGCAAUUCCUCCUCGUUGUCAGGCUGCGAGCCCAGCUUUAACGCUGAUAUUGGCACCCGCAAUUUGGCAGACGGUCAAUUCUCUGGCGACCUUUGCGUGCCGUACGACGAUUUAGCUGAGCUCGAAUGGCUGUCGAAUUUCGUGGAGGAGUCAUUCUCCAGCGAGGACCUGCAAAAGCUUCAGCUGAUAUCAGGCAUGCAUACCCGACCCAACGAAGCAUCCGAGACCCGACCAUUCCAACCCGAACCAGACGGGCAACUCCUCAUGAGUGCUGAUUCUAACAACAACGUUCCGACGUUCCACCCGGAAAUGUCGGUACCAGCCAAGGCCCGUAGCAAGCGGUCCCGGGCUGCUCCAUGUAAUUGGGCGUCCCGCCUCCUUGUCCUCUCUCCGACGAGCUCUUCCUCCGAGCCGACGCCGGAAUUUAUCCUCCCAGCUCCGCACCCGACCUCGGGCAAGAAAACAGUAAAGGCGACGGCAUCAAAGAAGAAGGAUUCUGUCGAAGUCGGUGGGGGCGGAGAUGGACGGAAAUGCCUUCACUGUGCUACGGAUAAGACGCCGCAGUGGCGGACCGGGCCGAUGGGUCCGAAAACUCUAUGCAAUGCUUGUGGCGUGAGAUACAAGUCGGGUCGACUUGUGCCGGAAUACCGACCCGCUGCGAGCCCGACUUUUGUGCUAACCAAACACUCGAAUUCGCACCGUAAGGUGCUUGAGCUAAGGCGUCAAAAGGAUAUGAUGAGGGCCCAGCAGCAUCAACAGCAUCAGUUUCUCCAUCACCAUCAGAACAUGAUGUAUGAUGUAUCCAACGGUGAUGAUUACUUGAUUCACCAACAUGUGGGUCCCGAUUACCGGCAGAUGAUCUAGUGGUUGCUAGAAUAGCAGAGAUUAUUCAGUGGGAGCAGAAUUUUGAGUAUUUUUAGCGGCUAAAAAUUAAUUUUUUUUCCUAAUUUGUUAGAAUGAUUUUGCUUUUCUAACUUUAUUAUUAUUGAAUUUCGUAGACUGUUUUAAUUUUAUUUUUAUUUUUUUACUCUUCGAUUUUGCUUUCCUUUGCCGAAAUGGGCAAAACUACUAGAA